GGAUAGGGUUUCCCGAUGAAGAAAGCACUUGGGAGCCUCGGUCCAACAUUCCCGAGGAUAUUGUGACUGAUUUUGAAACAAUGCUGGCUAGUACCAAGGCCAAGCGACCAUCUUCCACAGCACCCAGCCACUCGGGCUCACCCAAUACCAAGCGAGCAAAGCCGCCGAGCACAGCUUCCUCGGACGCCCAAGAUCAGAGCGCAGCGACAGUCGAUGCAGGCCAAACGUCGCCCAAGACCCCCCGCCCACCGAGUACCGAUCCAACCGCUCCUUCCCCUAAUGCCGUAGCUGCUGUGCAGACCUCACACGGUGCAAGCCCAUUGGCUGGACCUAACAUGGGGCCGAACAACGGCCUGCCGCGCCCACCGCCCGGCCAACCACCAGCGGCGUUGGCCGAACACAAUCGGCGCUUUCCGGGCCCCACACCAGCCUCCGCUGAUACCACCCCUAGUCCUGCCGCCCACCUACCCAAGGGGAUCGUCCUGCUCAAAUGCAGCUUGCCCACAUGCAGCAACUUUGAGCAUCGCCAAUCCGAGUUCAAAGUUUGCGAGGCGUGUCGCAAUGCCUAUCGGCGAACCAUUCCCUACUGUUCCAAGGAGUGCCAGCGCAAAGAUUGGGCCAACCAUCGUCUUUUGUGCGCCCAUCGUUCCAACUCAUCAAAGCAGCAAACCCCCAAAACGGACCUGUCUGCUGCCGUUCAAGGAAACACUUGCCGCUUCCUCGUUGACACGGCUGGCAUCUACCUGCUCGACAACAAUGCCAGCGUGCGUGGCUGGGAAGGCCCCACAAAGGAGACUUUGGUCGAGGACAGCUUCACAGCUACCGCCCCGGAUUUUCCGUGGGCAUCGGACCGUGCUCCACAGACCUGGUAUCUACCCACAGAGGGGUGUGUUUAUAAUCGUUCCGCCAGCGGCUUGCGGCUGUCGGGUCACGGUACAUGCGUGCUUGCAACGCAUCGUGCCGACAUCAACUUUGCACGCCAACCGCUUUGGCUCAACGUGAGCCGCUGGCGCGUCAACAGCAACACGGCUGCCUGGACUUGGCGCUCACCUGCCAACGGCGAUUUCGUGCAGGUGAAUUGCACUCAGGACAAAAUUCGCGUCUUUACCCAAGUCAACAGCAGUUUUGCGUGGCGGGCCAUGGCUACUGCCGAUUGCGGUGCUUGGCCCUGUGACCUCAGUAUUCUGAUCGAGGAGAGCAACAUCUCAAUCACCGUCAACUCCACUGGGCUGAUCAAUGCUCGUCAUGGUGUCACCAGCUCUCAGUUUGGCGAUCGCACGGGUAACACGCGCUUGGAACUGAGUCUACAGAGUGCCGUUAGUGGGGUGGUGGCUGCUGGUGUCAUGCGCCUGGGCGCCUUCUUGCCUCCCAAUCAAGGCCGUGCCAUGCUCUAUCCCAUACCAGCAUUCCCUGAGCCCAACUUGUCCUUGCCCUUUCCGGCCCAAGCGAUCGAAAUGAGACUUGGCUUUCUUGACCCAACCAAGGCACCUUUCUUUGCCGACCCCUCGGGCGCUACCGACAGCACCACAGCGUGGCAGCGAGCCAUUGCAGCGGCUUUCCAUUUUGGUUAUGUACUCUUGGCGCCGGGGGGCCAAUAUCGGAUUUCAGACACCCUGACGCUGCUGCAGGACGAAUGCCAAUCCUGCAAUCGCCGCUGGCGAGCCAACAUCAUCCGAGGCUUUGGCAAUCGAUCACAGCCGAAAACGCUGUUUGACAUUAUCAAUCGCAACGGCGAAAAUGACUUUCAGCCCAAUGAAAACAUGAAUCAAGGGCUCUUGGACUUGCACAUUGUGAUUGAAGAGCGGAAUGUAGGGGCGAUUGCCGUGCACGCUCGUGGGGCACAAGGCACGGGUCUUGAGAACGUCACGAUCGACUUGGGAACCGAUGGCUUCAUAGGGGUGCGGGGGGCUUCUGGCAGUGGCGGGGCCCAUCACAGCGUCACGAUUUUGGGAGGUGCCUUUGGUUUGGAUCUGCGCUUUGCACAGCCGGGCCCCACGGUAUCCAGUGUGACCCUGGCCAACCAGCGCUGUGCUGCACUCUUGUAUAGCGGUCUGCAGGUGUCAAUGGUUGACAGCGUGGUGGAGUUUACGGGCAGCCCAACAGCCCGUCCCGCCUUCAUCACUUCGGGCAACCUCGUGCUCAACCGAGUUUACCUGACAGGGUAUCUGGAUCUCGUCAACUUGACCAAAUCUACAAGCGUCAUUCAUCUCAAUGCAUCGCAGGGUUGGACGCUGGUGGAGGAAUUUGCUCACAGCCAGACUUCGCCGCCUGCGUACGAUGCUGUGACAAAGGCAAAUGUAAACUUGACGCAUUUUGGACUACUGCACGGUCGCACCGUGCCCGCUUACUCGUCCAUGACGGUACAUUCCGGCGUAGCAAAGCCGACUGCAAGCCUCUUCAUACCGCAUGGAUGGACAAGUACACCAUCACCUCGAGAGGCUGAAGCCUACAUUAAUGUUCAAGAUAGCCCGUUUGAGGCUGCGGGAGACGGUUUGACCGAUGACUGGGCUGCGCUGCAGCAGGCAAUCAACGCAAGUGCAGGGCGCCCGGUCUUCCUGCCACGUGGCAUCUAUGCGCUCUCACGAGGGCUUGUGGUCCCUGAGGGCACUUCCUUGUUUGGCAUUGCACACCACUUGACGUUUAUCGUGCCCGUCUUCACACUUGAUGAGCGGGCUUGCUUCCCACUCGUCACCUUUGGAGUCAACGCUACCGGCUCAAAGCCGUCCCUAUGCGACGACGACGGGCGCAUUGCGGGCUGCCCAGGACCUGCUACUUUCAAGGCGAAUGUGAGUCAGGUGCACGUCAUCGGCCCGCACGCAUCGGGCAACUUCUUCACCAUGCACCACGAGGAUUCCGAAGUGGAGCCUGCGUAUCGACACUUGCUGAUCGAGGCUGGACCUCUGGGCCGGUUGGGCUUUUACCAUCUUAACACGGAGCAUGCUAUGGCAGACGCCAAUACCCACGUCCGCGACAAUCAGGCACGCGUAGAUAUUUACGGACUCAAAAGUGAAGGUAGAUAUGCGGUUGUGUGGCUAGAGCGCAGCUGCUGCGUGACGCUAUGGGGAUACGGCGGCAAUGCUUGCCCCUUUCCUUUCAACUCGAGUUAUCCACCGGGGUUUGCAGACUACCCGCCUUCUUUGAUCCGUGUGACGGACAGUCCAAACUGUACCUUGUACAACCUGGUUGAUUACAUUGGUCAAGGCACGCUGGAAAACAAGCCAGUCCCUUGCGACGCCAUUGACGAGCGCAUCUUGGUGUAUCAGCGUGACACGCAGAUGGGCACCAGCUAUCACAGCUUGCAAGACGACCGCCCUCUGGUUGUGCAAACUUCCGACGUGGUCAGCAGCGACUUGAGGAGCAUGGCUCGGUUCGAGGGGGCGGGUGGCCUACUGGCCUUGCAGCCCGUAACGGCUGUCAAGGCGGAGGUGGACAGCCAGGGUGAGCUGCAAGUAUCGUGGCGUGCUCCGGCCAGGGGCCCGACAGCUCGUCAAUAUAGUGUCCAGAUUCGACCCCUUGGCGCAACGGACUGGCUCGUCGUGGGCGAGCCAUUUGGCGCUGAUGCUUCCUUGCGGGUCAAACUCACGGAACUGAAGCCCGAGACGAUGUAUGAAUGUACUGUCGUUUCGCAUUCUAUUCGGGGGCCUGGCCCCAUCAGCGAGCCCGCGCAAUUCCAAGCACCUGCUCGCCGACCCCAGCACACCGUCGAGCAGCUUCGCUGCACAGGCUGCUCGCCAUCGCGCAUUGACUUGGCGUGGGAACAACCUCAGGGCUACGCGGGCAAACUAUCCUAUACCGUGUACUAUGAUCGCAUUGGGGAUCCACACGAGAGCCACGAACGCAUCGUCACUGACGGCUGCACACUACAGCUCACGCACGUCUUUCCCGCAACUGUGUAUCGCAUACAAGUGGCCGUAUGCACAGCAGCGGGAGAGGGCCCCGUGACACCAAUGCUUAAUGUGACGACCCAGCAGAAUCCAGCUGAUCCACGGCAGGUCCAGGCCAGCGCCACUACAUCCCAGUGCACACGCCCUUCAAAGCCGGUCUGUGCCGUGAGCUGCAAGUCAGCAAGGUCUCACGAGAACAAACCAGCCUGUGUUGACUCAUGCCGGCGUAUAUUUUUGUCACGUUGCCACGGCGUGAUAGAGACGGCACCAGCAGCGCCCAAGCGCUUCUUUAGCCGGGCCAAGUUGGAGAGUGCGGUGACACAGCGUAGUCAGCACGACACAGGAGCAGGGUCGGCAACAAAAUCUGGCACGCAGGUGGCGCAGAGCCGUUCUGAGCCGCCUCGGCUGCCUCAGAGCCACCUUAACGAGCAGUUUGAUGCUCUCGUACAGCGUGCCCACAUUGACACCAGUCUUUGGGUUCUGCACGCAUGCUGCAUCACGCGCAUUUGGACCAUUUUCAUUGUUCGACGCAAAAAACCAAGUGCAGUCUAUGCCGCUGUGGUGGAUAAGGUAGGGCUUGUUGAUAGUGCACACAUUGAUAAUCAUCCUUAA